AUGAAGAAGUCAAAUAAUGAAAAUGACAUCAACCUUCGACCAUUACUGGCUAAAGCUGUGUUCACCUUGACACUUUUAAAUCCAACACAUCGCGAAAAAAAGAAUCAUAAAGCCCAUUGCAUGUCCAUAUUCCGACUGACACUCCCAUCUGAUCAAUGCUACGGCCUUGGACAUCAAACAGAUUAUCGAUUAUACCAAACUAAGUCAUCUGCUCUCCACAAGACUAAUCUUCAGGAACUACCGAAUUUCAAGCUUAGUUAUAAUGAGCAAGCAUGUUGA